UUCAAGUUAGUGAGACAAUCUUAGGGUUUCGUUCUGUUAACUGUUAUAGGGACAAUCUGCGAUAUCAGUAGAAGAUACCUUGAAGAUCAUAAUCUGCAGGAAACAACACAAGAAGCUCUAUUCCCUUGAGAUGGAACUUGCUGCUGCUAGGAAUGAGGGUUUUGUUUUGAAGCAACUGCUUGAGACCAAUGGGAUUUACUCUGAGGGAAAGCCUUUGGUCAUGAUAGGUGUACUCACAACAUUUGGCCGCCAGAAGAAUAGGGAUGCCAUUCGCAAUGUCUGGAUGGGAAGUGGUGCAGCUUUGAAGAAACUGGAGGAUGGAAGAGCAUUGUUGCACGAUUUGUUAUUGGGAGAAGUGAAAAUCGUGGAAACAAUUAGGAUAAGGACAUUGAUCGUGAGAAUAGGCUGACUAAUGACUUCCUAAUUCUUGUAAGUUUAACUAGUCGAAGGAUUUUAUUCUCUUUAAGCAUUCUGCUUUACUGGAAUUUGGCAAGUAUUUUGUGGCUUACUGUGAGUGAAAAAUGAGGUCUCAGAGUAUAAGCUGGUUUAGCUCAUUGCCUUCAA